GGGACAACCCUAGGCCGACGACUCUGUUGUCGACCCAACAACAGUUCAAAAGCGAUUCGGCAGUAAACAUGGCGCUCGAUUUUGCAGCCACCUACAAAGUCCUCGUGUUGGGCGAUUCGAACGUCGGCAAGACUUGCAUCGUUCAUCGUUAUUGUGACGAGAGAUACUACGAUACUUAUAUAUCGACGAUAGGUAUCGAUUUCAAACAGAAGAUUAUCAACUUGGAUGGUACACCAAUUAAAUUACAAAUUUGGGAUACCGCCGGACAGGAACGGUUUAGAACUCUAACAACGGCAUAUUACCGCGGUGCUAUGGGUAUUUUGCUAAUGUACGAUGUCACCAGUUUGGACAGUUUCAAUCAUCUAUCUUACUGGCUUCGAAAUAUUCAAGAAAAUGCCUCACCAGAUGUAGUAAAGGUAUUGGCGGCCAAUAAAUGCGACGCAACUGCACAUAGAGCCGUAGAUGCCGAGAGAGGUCAGAAAAUAGCGGAAAAUUUCGAUAUGCCCUUUUUCGAGGUAUCCUGUAAGGAGAACAUAAAUAUCGAGGAAGCAUUUUUAACCUUAGCCAGGAGAAUACGAGAACAACGAGGACGUCGAGCUAGUCUGUUCGAAGCUUCGGAAAGGGAAGGUGCCGACAGUGUGAUCAAAGCUCAAUCACCGUCUCAACAGGGUGACGCUUGGAGGAUGGAGGCGAUUGUAGAAUAUAAUUAUUUAGCUAGGGAACCUGAUGAAUUAACUCUGAGAAAAGGAGACAUAAUAAAAGAAAUUAAAGUGAUGUUGGGUGGUUGGUGGGAAGGUACUUUAAGAGAUAAGCGUGGCAUGUUCCCUGAUAAUUUUGUUAAGGUGUUGGAUCCAUCUCCAACAAGUGGUGCGAGCACAACUGAAACCGUUAGUAGUACAAAACCGGAAGAAGUCACUUUGCGUAAUGGGGGAUCUGGAAGGAGGUGGUGUAAAGUUCUAUACAGUUAUGAACCUUGUAAUGAAGAUGAAUUAACUCUUGUACCUCAAGAUUCCAUAGAAUUCUUGGGCGAAGUAGAGGAAGGAUGGUGGAGAGGUAGACUUAGAGGGAGAGUCGGUGUCUUCCCUUCGAAUUUUGUUCAUUUAAGUUAUGAAGAAGAAGAUAAACACAAGAAAGAUAAAAAGGAAUAUUGUAGAGUUCUCUAUGCAUACGAGGCAGCUAAUGAAGAUGAAUUAACUUUGGUAGAAGGAGAAAUCAUUGCAAUACUUUCUAGAGAUGCACCAGAUAAAGGUUGGUGGAAAGGAGAAUUGAGAGGACAAAUUGGCUUAUUUCCUGAUAAUUUUGUUGAGGUUAUUGGGACAAAAAAUGAUCAUCAAGAGCAAGAACAGUGGCACGAAACCAGUCAGCUAACUAGUAAAUCUGUUGCAAAGCAUGCUCAUCAACUAAAGAAAAGUGAGAAAGCACAUGCUAGAAAAAGUUUAGAUCCAAAAAAUAUACAUACAGAUCAUUUUAGUACCAUGGAAACAACUAAAAAAAUGAUAUCAACAUCGUCUACUGUAUCAUCAACAUCACCUUUGUCUAAUAUUGGAGGAGGGGGAGGAAGUAGUGGGGGAGGAAAUGGAGAAAAGAAAACAAUGGGCAAUCAUUCACUCAUUUCUAAUUUGAAACAUUUUGUAAGUGAUACUGGAACUAAUAAUAGCAAUGGAAAUCCAAGCAUUGCACUUGGAGAAGAAUUAGAUGGAGUAGAAAGAGGUGAAGGAGCACCACUUUCUCACUUAACAGCUUCACGUGCAAAAGCACCCCGUCGUCGUUUACCUUCUUCUCAACAUUUACGACAUCAUGCUACCACAACAACGACUAUCUUACAUAAUACAACGAUAACGGAAGAUAAUUUAUCAAAUGGUAACACUGAAGAAACAUUAGAAUCAUUAAGGGAAGAUGACAAUGAAAAACUUUCAGCAAAAACAAGAAAGAAGGCACCUUGGGUAGAAGAAUUAAAAAUGAAUCAAUCGGAAAGGAGAAAAGUCGGAUCAGUUGAUCGUGUUGACAAACCAGAAGUUAAGAAAGAACGAACUUUUUCACGAUUAAUGGUAUCUUCUAAUACUGUCGAUACUGUUGUCAAACAAGAAACAGAAUGUGAAGAUAAACAAAAAGAAAAAGAAAAAAAAUUAGAUACGAUAGAUCAUGGGACUGUAACUACACCUGGGACUCUGUCCUUUGUUCCAUAUCAUCUUUAUAGUCAACUGCUAGAAAGGGUUGCCAUGCUGGAAGAAAAACAGGCACUAUUGCAGCAAACUGUGCAACAACUCUCCGAACAGCUUGUACCACUUAUGGCAAAUGCCUCUAUUAAUAACAAAGUUUAAAACAUUUUAAUAUGUGAAAAUUGAUGCGUAUUUCCUGAAACGUAUUUUUAUAACUUUGUUGUUUGUCAUCAUGUUGCAAAUAACGAAGUACUAAUACUACUAAUAGCAUAAUUAUUACUAGUACUAUUAUCAUGGUUGUUAUAUAUUUAUUGAUUUUGGUGGUGUCAUUUUUUUUGUUUGCUCCACCAAUGCAGUAACAGUAUUUGCCUAUUCUGGCCAUAAACGCAACAUUCCAUCUAAGAUUUUUUAAUCAUAAAUAUUCUCUGUUUUUUUUUUCUUUGCAUGAUUUUGAUAUUUUGUGAUCUCACGAUAUCAGCCAGAUUUUUUCUUUUUUUUAUUAUUUCGAUACUUUUUUUUUUUAAUUGUGAUGUUUUAUAUAUUAGUGACAUAUUUUCGCAGACAAAAACUUUUAUUGUUAUAAAAAAAAAUACCAAAAAUUGCCUCAUUAUAGCAAUCAAAGUUUUAUCUAUUGAGAAAGAAAAGCUUACGUACUUAAACCAGCAGUUUAAUUGAAUACAAUGUGAUUUUUGUGGAUCUAAUAGAUGCCUCGCAAUAUUCAUAUAACGAUAAUAAUUCAUAGUAAGUUUAUUCAUUCGUGAGUGCCAAUACACCCUACUCUGUUCACUGCAUUUGUGAGGUGCCUCCAUUCAUUGAAAUACAAAGCACUUAUCUGGAAACUCAUAACCAUAUUUAUAAAUACAAAUUGUGAUUAGCUUGUUGAUACAUUAAGUCCAAAAAUUGAAUGUGUCCUUUUUUAAGUAUUGCUUUUCAAAUGGUGCUAAUAAAGUAAGUGAUAUACAAAUAUAUCACGAAUUUGUAGUAUACACAUAUGAAUGAGGUAGUAAACAAUGAGAAAAAGAAUCUAUCACACAGGCAUGAAUUGAAACAUAUAAAACACUUAUAGUGAAACAAAUAAAAAAGCUAUGUUUGGCAUUAUUAUGAAAUCGUUGAACAUUUGACAAAUUUUUUAUUUUCUUAAAAGAGCAAAAUUUUAAGUAAAUAUAUAGCAUGAACACGAACUAGAUACGAUAUUUAAUUUUUUAUAUAAAUAUUUGUUAAAAUCUAACUAUUGAUUCGGGCAAAGCAAACUAACAUUAUACAUUUCCGCAUUGAGAAAAUUUUCGAACAUAUUUUAUUUAUGUGUGAAUACAUAAGAACAUGUACAACACACAAUAUCUGAAAUUCUUAUUAAAAAUUUAGUAUAAAAAUUCUAGUCUGAUAAAUCAAAUUUUCUUGAAUUAUAUCCUGCAAAUAUCAGAAUACAUAAAAUCAAUAUUCGUGAUCAUAAAUGUGACUGUUAAUGUAAAAUAUACAUUAUAUAUGAAAUAUAAAUAUUGUGACGCAUAAACUUUCUUUUACACUUAAUGCGCACAGAGUUAAUUUAUAUAAUGAUCAAAAUUUGUCUAUAAGCAACAAAUAAUUGCUCGUACUAUUUUCUAUAUAUUAAAAAAAUUACUUUUGGUGAUACCAAAGUCUUUCGGGUUUAGGGCUAUUCAUCUUGUUCAUAUUAAUAUUAUAUUUAAACUUUGCUUCAUUUUACAUAACAUUGCCUAAUGCUGCAUGAAAAUUUUUAAAGCAUUCCAAAAAGUUUAUAUAUUUCUAAACAAAAAUAUGUAGAAUAGUUAUAUAAACACAUUCCUUAUUCAAGCAAUAAAUAAAAUAUCUACUAAAUAAGGAGGUAUCGUUCUAGUUAAAAAAAAAAAUGUGUUCAUCUAAUUACACAUGCAUUAUUAUAGGGUUGCGAAAAAUUUGGAGCGCACUUGGAAUACGAUGUAUUUUUUUCUAUGCGAAUCAUCCCGAAUUAUGAUAAUGCAAUGUGUAAGCUUAUUGCUUUUCAUUAAUGAAUGAAACAUGGUAAAAAUAUAACAUUUGUGCAAACAAAUUUUUUCAAUAACAAGCUUAUAAACUUCUCUUUAUUAUAAUCUAUUUUAAUGCUUAUUUAAUCACUAUGAUUACACACUCUGUACCACAUAUUAGAAAUGGCAAAAAAAUAUAUUGCCUCUGUAAAAUAUAUUGUAGGAACAUAUCAAUAACUUAUUACAGAUAUAGAAUUAAAAUAGAUUUAAAGAGAAAACUUAUAAAAAAAAAAACC